AUGAAUGCCGGUGGGAAAUCAAGGAGUGGUGGAGUUGUAGAUUUUGAUGUCAAAGAGGCCAUGGAUAUCGGUGAAGUGAGGAUCCAAACAUAUGAGGCAGCCCAGGCGACAUACGCUAAGAAUGGGGUACCCCAGGCAAUGAGAACCACAGGGAUGGCGACCCAAGAGCUGGGCGUCAAGGAGUCGUCGUCGCUAGGAGGGAGCUUUGUGAGGGAGACACCGAUGGGCUCUAUCGGGGCUGAGAACUUCUCAGAUCUGGAUCUAAUUUGUGGGAGUCAUAGAGGCAAGGUGCUAAGGUUGCGACUGGGAUGCAUGAUCGAGCAGAGGCUCCACGGGCGAGCUCCCAUAGACGUCUUUGAGAGUGAGGCGCCAUGGGCGCCGCUGAUUGGAGAAAGUGCACAUUGUAGCGGAAGCACUAAAGGCAAGGCUCUGUUCUAG